CAGCCAGAAACUCUGACAUCCAUGUCCCAGAAGAACAAGAUGGGGAGGCUAUGGGGGAAUCUGUUUGGAUUUUUGUGCAGUGUUGGAACUGUGUCCUGUAUCACAAGGGAAUAUUUUAUAGCUAUUAAAGAGGUUCGAUGGGAUUAUGCACCUAGUGGCAUGAACCUCAUCCAAAACAAGACAUUGAAGGAAGAUGAACAUGCAAGGACAUUUUUGGAGAAGGGGGAACAGAGGAUUGGUCACGUUUAUAAGAAAGCAGUCUACCAGCAGUACACAGAUGCCACCUUCAGGCAGGAGAUAGAAAAACCAAAAUGGCUGGGCUACCUAGGGCCUCUCAUCAGCGCGGAGGAAGAUGACAUAGUGGUUGUGCAUUUAAAGAAUAUGGCCACUCGUGCAUACUCCAUUCAUCCACAUGGGAUGAGUUACAACAAGACCAAUGAAGGGGCAUUGUAUCCAGACAUGUCUGAGACAUCAGAGAAGCAGGAUGAUUCUGUGGCUCCUGGGAAGACAUACAGCUACAUAUGGCCUCUGGACCCCUCUCACGCUCCUGGCAAGGAUGAUUCUAGCUGCUUGACCCGGGUGUACCACUCUCAUGUCAAUGCCCCGAAAGAUAUGGCCUCUGGACUUAUUGGACCACUCAUUAUCUGUAAAAAAGGUACUCUGGAUGUGCAUGGGGAUAAAUCAGGUGACUACCUGUAUACCCUCAUGUUUACUGUUUCUGAUGAAAACCUCAGCUGGUACCUUGACGACAAUAUCAAGACAUUCUGCACUGUACCUACCAAAGUCAAGAAGGAUGAUGAGGACUUUGUAGAGAGCAAUAAAAUGCAUUCUAUUAAUGGCUAUGUCUUUGGCAACCUGCCGGACCUGAGCAUGUGCAUGGGCAAUAAGAUUCACUGGCAUUUGUUUGGGAUUGGGAAUGAGGUGGACAUCCACUCUGCGUUCUUCCACGGUCAGAUCCUGACAAACAAGCGGCACCACACAGACACAGUAAGCCUGUUCCCAGCAACCUUUGUCAAUGUAGAGAUGGAAGCAGACAACCCUGGGCAGUGGCUACUGAGCUGCCAGGUCAACGAUCACCUGGAAGCGGGCAUGCAGGCAAUUUUUGAGAUCAAGAAGUGUUUCCCCAAUGUCCAUAAACCCAGACCAUUUGGAGAGGUCAGGCAGUACUACAUAGCAGCUGAAGAGGUCAUCUGGGACUAUGGGCCUACACAGAUUAACCAGUACACUGGCAUCAAACUAGAGGAUGACAGUAUGGCAGACACUUUCUUUGAUAAUCGCGAUGACCGCAUUGGAGGGAAAUACAAGAAGGUCCAGUAUGUGGAAUACACAGAUGACACCUUCACUAAGCGCAAGGAGAGAACACCUGAGGAGCAGCACCUUGGCAUUCUGGGACCAAUCAUCAGAGCAGAGGAAGAGGACACCAUAAAGGUAACAUUUAGGAAUAAAGCAAGCCGGCCUUACAGUAUUCAAGCUCAUGGUGUGCAGUACAGCAUUGAGAUGGAUGGCACACUCUACCAUAAUGUCUUAGAAGAAUCAUACACUGCCAAAAAGCUCAGAGAACUCAAAAAAGAAGCAAGAGUUAUUGAGCCCCUUCCUGCUGCCUUGGUUCAUACUGACAGUACCUAUAAAUACGAGUGGGUGGUGCCUAAGGGUGGAGGCCCGACUGAAAGUGAUCCUGACUGUCUCACCUACCUGUACUAUUCUGCUGUGGACCCAAUUCGAGAUACCCACUCUGGACUGGUUGGACCUCUCUUGAUCUGUAAAUCCAAAACCCUCAAGGCAGGCAAACAAAAAAAUGUGAAAAAAGAAUUCCACUUGAUUGCUACAGUUUUUGAUGAAAACUUGAGCUGGUAUUUGGAUGAGAAUAUUAACAGAUAUGCAAAGAAACCUAAAUCUGUGAAAAAAGAUGAUGAAGACUUUGAGCUGUCAAAUAAAAUGCACUCAAUCAAUGGAUACAUGUAUGGAAAUCUCAAAGGACUGACAAUGUGCAAGGAAGACAAAGUUUCCUGGCAUGUCUCUGGUUUGGGUUCAGAAGGAGACAUCCAUGGCAUUUACUUCCAAGGAAACAGGUUCCUCUAUAGGGGAACCCGUAAAGAUACCAUCACUGUGUUCCCUCAUGUCUCGCACACUGUCAUUAUGGAACCAGACAGCAUGGGACAGUUUCAAAUAACAUGCAAGACUGCUGACGACAUCCAUGCAGGAAUGAGUGCAAACUACACGGUGGAGAAGUGCAGUAUCUUUAGCAGGCAGUCAGAGAUGAUGCUGCACCAGAAGAAAUAUUACAUUGCUGCUGUAGAGAUGGACUGGGACUACUCUCCCACUCGCACCUGGGAAGAGAAGAUGUUUCAUGGCCUUAAAGAUAGUCCAGGCAACCCAUUUCUUAAAAAGGAGGGCAAAUUUAUUGGCUCCAAAUACAAGAAGGUCCUGUACAGGGAGUACACUGACGAAACCUUCAAGAAGCCAAAAGAAAGGCCUGCUGAUUUGGAACAUUUAGGAAUUAUGGGGCCCAUGAUCCAUGGAAAUGUGGGAGAGAAAGUAAAGAUAGUGUUUAAGAAUAUGGCUAAGAGGCCAUACUCUAUACAUGCACAUGGAAUAAAAACAGAGAUUCCUCAAGUCAUCCCAACACCCCCAGGACAAACUCAAACAUACACCUGGUACAUUCCUAAGACUGCUGGACCAACAGAAGAGCAGGAGGAAUGCAGUGUUGGAGCCUACUAUUCAACAGUAGAUGCUAACAAGGAUUUGUACAGUGGACUGAUUGGUCCACUGGUCAUCUGUCGGAAGAGCCUCCUGAGGAAGUUAGGGCUAAAGAAAGAAAUUGAGGAGUUUGCACUGCUGUUUAUGGUGUUCAAUGAAAAUGAGUCCUGGUACCUGGAUGACAAUAUCAAAACACAUGUUAAAAACCCUCCCAGCAAAUUAAAAGAGGACGAGGACUUUAUUGAAAGCAAUAAAAUGCAUGGAAUAAAUGGACUGCUCUAUGGAAACCUUCCUGGGCUGAACAUGCAGGUGGGAGAUAAGGUUUACUGGUAUCUGAUGGGAAUGGGAAGUGAAAUAGACUUACAUACAGCACACUUCCAUGGACACAGCUUUGACUACAAGCAAAGUGGCGUCCACCGUGCAGAUGUAUUUGAUCUAUUCCCGGGCACAUUCCAGACAGUUGUGAUGCGACCUCAGUACCCAGGCACCUGGCUCCUGCAUUGCCAUGUCUAUGACCAUGUGUUGUCAGGAAUGGAGGCCAUUUAUACAGUGCUGGACAAAGAAGGACGAAGGAAGGGCUUCCUUGGCUUGUUCGGAAAGAGCUAAAGAAAUUCUGGUUAAUAUAUGAGAUGAUGUUUAUAAUUGCCUACCAUGUCUAUGACUAAAGUGAAACUUUUGCACAUAAUGAAUAAAGACUUCUGGUAAUUUGACA